CGACGCUUUAUUGAUAGGCAUUUAGACUGUAUUCAUCAGUUCACGGUGUCGUUUCGGUGUCUCUGCUUGCAUUUUCUGAGUAAUUUACUCUCUAUUUAUUUUAAUUCGCCAAUUGUCUUGUAGACAUCAAUAGAAAUGGCCGAUUUUGCAAAAUCAAUUUUUGGAUUCAGUGGAUUCAAUAAGAAGGAUAGCCAGAAUGAAGAUGGAUCUGGUUAUUCUCGUGGUUCUUCUCCCAUGGAAGGGACAGAAGACCAGCAUAGGCAACAACCUUCACGGUUGUACCCAAAGACAUUGGCAAGUGCCAUUCCAACUACAGCAGUGUCCAAUAAUUCCUUAGUUUAUGGAACAACUACCACCAAGAACAAUCAGUCUGAAAAUGAACUUUAUCAAACCAUAAGAAAUAAUAAUCAACAAGUUCCAUUUCAGCAACUCCAACACCAACAACACCAACAACAACAGCAACAACAGCAACAACAAGUUCAACAGCAACAAUUUAAUCAACAACACCAAGUUCAGCAACCGGUUCAACAUCAUCAACAACUGGACUCUGCUACUCCAAUUAUUAUCACCACUGAUGAAACUGGACAAACUUAUAACCCUCAAUCACAAAAAUCUUCUCAACCAAAGGGUAAACUUAAAGUAAAAAUUGUUGAGGCUAAAAAUCUUUUGAUUAAUUCUGCCCAUUCUCAACCAUACGUUGUGUGUACUUUUGAAAGUUCCGAGUUUGUUACCAACACUUCUGGAUCUUACAACCAUAGUAACAAGACUAUUGGUGCAGUACCCAUGAAACAACAGAAGCAUUCCAAAAAUAGACAUCCUUUGUAUCAAAGACAAUCUUCAACACAACACAUGAACUCGAACACCAGCAAUAUUGGCUCAGCUAACCCUAUUUGGAACCAUGAAGCCAUUUUCGAUGUGGUUGGUAGUAAAUCUGAAUUGGACAUUUCUGUAUAUGAUGCAGCCACUGACGAUUCAUUUUUAGGACAAGUUCGAAUUUCUCCCUCCACCAGCGCCAAGAGAGCUGGAGAAUCAGAAUGGCUCGAUCUUAAGGCCAGAGUUAUUGGAGAAAGAGUGUCAGGAUCAAUCAGGGUUGAAUGGGAAUAUACAUUGACUGACUCCAAAAAGCUGUAUGGGCCAGAUGAUUUCGAAGUUUUGCGUCUUUUAGGAAAGGGAACCUUUGGACAAGUUUUCCAAGUUAAAAAGAAAGAUACUCAUAGAAUUUAUGCUAUGAAAGUUUUGUCUAAAAAAGUGAUUGUUAAGAAGAAGGAGAUUGCUCAUACUAUUGGGGAAAGAAAUAUUUUGGUUAGAACAUCAGCAGCAGCUUCAUCAUUUAUUGUUGGAUUAAAGUUUUCAUUUCAAACACCAACUGAUUUGUAUCUCGUUACUGAUUAUAUGUCAGGGGGAGAAUUAUUUUGGCAUUUACAAAAAGAAGGAAGAUUUACUGAAGAAAGAGCCAAAUUUUAUAUUGCAGAAUUAAUUUUAGCCUUGGAACAUUUACAUGAUAAUGAUAUUGUUUAUAGAGAUUUAAAGCCUGAAAAUAUCUUAUUGGAUGCCAAUGGACACAUUGCAUUAUGUGAUUUUGGAUUGUCUAAGGCAAACUUGAAUAAUGAUGGUACAACCAAUACUUUUUGUGGUACUACUGAGUAUUUGGCACCAGAAGUAUUAUUGGAUGAAUCUGGUUACACCAAGAUGGUUGAUUUCUGGUCAUUGGGGGUUCUUAUAUUUGAAAUGUGUUGUGGAUGGUCUCCAUUUUACGCUGAUAAUACUCAACAAAUGUAUAAGAACAUUGCAUUUGGGAAAGUAAGAUUCCCUAAAGAAGUUUUAAGUAGUGAAGGAAGAUCAUUUGUUAAAGGGUUAUUGAAUAGAAAUCCAAAACAUAGAUUGGGGUCUGUGAAUGACGCCAGAGAACUUAGAGCACAUCCAUUUUUUGCAGACAUUGAUUGGCAAUUAUUAAAACUGAAGAAUAUUCCACCACCAUUUAAACCACAUUUAACAUCUGAAACUGAUACUUCGAAUUUUGAUCCUGAAUUCACUAAUGAAUCUACUUCAGUAUUAAAAAGACAUAUAGAACUUGCAUCAACACCACUUUCUCCUGGAAUCCAGGCUAACUUUAAGGGAUUUACAUAUGUUGAUGAUUCCACAAUGGAAGAUCAUUUCAGCAAGAGUCACAAGUACAGAAACCCUGGAAGUCUUGUAUACGGGAAUCCUAAUCUUCCGCCAGAUGAAGACGCCAUAGAUGACGAUCGUAUUGAUGAGGAUGAUGAAAUGGACCUCGAUGAUGAUCGUCUUGAUGACGAAGAGUUUGUCAAUGGAAGAUUUGACAUGUAGAUGGUAUUCACCUAAGCGUGAAGUUGUAUUGUAUGUAUCGUUUAUUUUUCCUUUUUUUCUUGUAUGUUUUCAAUUUUGGUAAGGCUACUUAAUUAUAUAACUAGUCUGGGUAUAAGUAUAUGUUAAUAAUAAUAAAAAAUAAUAAAUAAUAAAUAUAUAAAUACAGAAAGACAGA